UCAAAUGAGAAUAGCAGGUAGUGGAUAUUGAAAGUGUGCAAAAUAUGUGCUGGAUGGACAUUGCUUGUAACUGAUACUUGUUUACAAUAUCGCUUAUAUAAAACCCUAUUCUGCGACCGACAAGGGACUAGUGUUUUAUAGACUAAUAUAUACUUAUUUUAUAAGUAAGGGACUAGUGUUUUAUAGACGCAUACUUAUAUUAUAAGUAAGAUUGUUUGUGUUUGAGCGCAGCUGACAAAUAUCAAAUCAUUUAGUGUUUAUUCCAUUGGACUUACUGGCGGUACAAUGUCAAUGAUUCAGGAGUUGUCAACAUAUUUUGUGGAUCCUAAUACCAGGAUCCAGGCCACCCUGAUUACUUUCUUUUCUGCACUGAUCGGGGCUAAAGUUAUAAUGGAUUUUGUUAAAAGAGAUAAUCAACCGCCUGGACCUUCAGGUGUACCUUUGCUCGGAUAUUUACCAUUCUUCGGAACCCAUCCAUAUCUUACUUUUUCUAAACUUCGAGAAAAGUAUGGUGACAUUUUUAGUGUGAAAAUGGGCAGUUUUCCGGCUGUUGUUAUUAAUGGUAAGGAUCUUAUAAAGGAAGCUUUUGUCGGCAGGGGCGAUGAUUUUUCUGGAAGACCACAGUUCUACUCAAAUACUAUUUUGGGUGUAGAAACCAUGAGCUUUGGGGUCUUUGAUGAACGUACAAUUACUCAUAAAAAGAUGGCUGCAAACAAAUUACUUGAAUUUGCCAGUGCUCGUAAAAAUCCUAUUGAAGAUAUAGUAGAUUUUGAAGCUAAGAUCGCAUUAACAGAAUUUGCACAACUGAAGGGCCAACCCUUUUACCCGAAGGACAUAAUUUAUUCCAGCGUUGGUAGCGUCAUAUUUCAAAUUUGUUAUGGUAAGCACACUAAUAUCCGAGAAGAGGAUUCAUACUUUAGAGAUUUCAUACUUAGUUCGAGCGAGUUUUCAGAAUUUGUAGGAACCGGAAAUCCAGUUGAUGUGAUGCCUUGGAUGCGGUUUAUUAUGCCGUGGAAAGUUACCAAGUUUGUUGAACUUGUCACUGGCUUCAAAGCCAUCAGGAACAAAAAGAUCGAAGAAAAUCUGGAAAGUUUUUCUCCUUCAAAUAUUAGGCACUUGUCCGAUGGCAUCAUUGCUGCAGCCAAUGAACACGAAGCUGAUCCUAACUCAACCCUGAGUAGAGAAAGAAUUUAUUCAACAAUUGAUGACAUCAUGGGAGCUGGAUUUGAAACUGUGUCCACUGUCUUGAACUGGGCGAUAUUGCUUUUAACAGCUUAUCCUAAAGCCCAAGAAGUUGUCCACGCAGAGAUUGACAACGUACUCGGAAAGCGACCACCAAGACUACAAGAUAAAGCCAAAAUGCCUUACUGCAUGGCAACCAUACAUGAAGUUUUAAGGUUUUCAAACAUAGCACCAUUGGCCAUUCCCCAUGCUGCUACAAAAGAUACGGAACUAAGUGGGUACACCAUUAGGGAAGGAACCAUCAUUAUUCCUAACAUGUACUCUAUCAGUCACGACAAGGACAUAUGGGGAGAUCCCUUCAAUUUCCGGCCGGACCGAUUCCUCGAUAGCGAAGGACAAUUGGAUCAAGCUAUCACUGAGCGAUUUAAUGUGUUUUCUAUGGGACGAAGAAAGUGUUUGGGUGAAUUCUUAGCUCGGAUGGAAAUAUUCUUGUUUUUGACGGGCAUAUUUCAAAAUUGUAAAUUCACCAAACCGACUAAUGUCAAGCAAUAUACGUUUGAUAGUAUUUUUGGUUUGGCCCGAGUACCAGCUUACUACGAAACGUGUGCUUCAAUUCGUGAUUAAGAUUAAUAUUAAAAAAAAUUUUGGAUCGGAUAUGCGAACUCUAAUAUAACGGCAUAGUUUGAUAUUAAAUGAAUAUAUAUUGAACUAAAUAAAUAAUACUGAACGUAGUUAUUUAAGAGAACAUCGGUUGACGUGCCAUCAAAAUAGUGUCAACUAGAUUCUCGUAUGGUUAGCUCAAAUGUUAAGUAUUAACAUCCAUAGCAUAAAAUAGCUUAUUGUCUGCGCGAACCAAAUAUCUGCAAAGUAAAAAAUGGAAUCUUUUCUGAGAAAUUUGACUUAAAAAGUGAAUUUGUUACAUGUUCCAUUAGAACAUGCAAUUUGUGACACUCUUAUUUUCGUUUGAUGCUUUUAUUCUGUCGGAAUGGUGUCAGUGACGUAGCUAUUUUUCACCAAUGAGUAAAAUAACUUAAUAUUGCUAACAAAUUAUAGAAAGACAAUAGAGCAGAGCCAGUCAGUUAAAUUUACUCUUCCAUUUUGAAGCUUGAUACGAUGUUUGUACCUUUUAAGAUUCUAAAACAAUGUAUAUUGGAAACCCAUUAGUACGAAAAUUGAGGAUUCUUGUGCACUAGCAGGUCGUUCAAAGCUGGUAUAUGAAUAUAGUCAAACUUCCAGGUUGCGAAGAAUUAUUCACUGCAGCACUGAGAUCGUACCCGGGACCUCCUGGUUAGUGAGCCCGUGUUGAUCCACCAGAGGCCAAUAAAAAGAUAAUAUUGUAAGCAGUGUUAUUAAUAUUUAUAUACACAGCCCCCCCCCUCCGGUUAUACACAAGGUACGUUCAUAUGGUAGUGAAGACAUUCCCCAACAAUUGUCAAUAGAAAGUGGACUGGGCGCACCUCUGCAUCCCCUUACCCUACAUCCCCGCCUGCUUAUUGCAUCUCGUGUAAAUUUUCUUUAGCAAUUUAUAUAUAUAUAUAU